AUGUACGUGGAGGCAGACUCGCCGAUACUAUCAAGCAUCUCAACGGCCAAGCAGCCACCAGCAAUGACAGCGAAGAAGCCCAAUCUCUCCUGGAAGCGCCGGAAGGAUGAGCUGCAUCGCCUGAGAGCCGAAGCACAGGCAUUGGAGACUCGUGUGAUCUUUUUAAAGUUGCAGAAGACUCAAGACACGCUGUGGAAGGCCGGCGUGGGGCUCUCCGAAGAGCAGAAACUAUUGAGAGAAGCCGCAGCGAAUGAAAAGCAGCAGUGUCAAUCAGCUCGAGAAGAGAAUACACAGCUGAAGGGCAGGCUAGAGCGAUGCUACAAGGCUUGUCACGACCUGCAGACGGUAUUGUCCGUAGCAGGCAUCAAGCAGCACAACCUCAUCGUAGCGAAUACUUUCGCGGCCAAGGCGCUUCAAGCUGAACAACGCAGCCAGCGUCUUUUGCAGUUAAGCUCCGAUGUGCUGACAAGUCUGGCUAACCGCGUGAACGACAGACUCACGGAGCUGGACUAUAUUAUUGAAAACAUUCGGGCUUCCAUGUUUGGCCCCGAUGUUGACCAGGUUAACGUUCAUCGUGAAGGCGACGAGGGAACCUCAGCCAGCGUAGAGUUCAAGCGGAAUCGAAUGAUGCCGUUCGACGCCGACAACACGUCUCGAGUGAUCUGGGACGUGAUGCAUCUGGGCGUCAUUCCUGACGAACAUUGUGCUCGCGUUAUUAAACAAUCACAUGACACGCUGCUCUCUCAAGGCUGCGAGACCCAGGCGUUGGCAGGUGGAGGCACUGUCGAUCUCGUGGUGAGUUGUUUAAUGAAGCGGGUCCUCGUCCCGGGCGGCUUUAUCAUGCUUAUCGAGUCGACAACCGAAUGGCAAGCUCGUCCUGCUCAGGCAAAAGCCUGGACACACGUGACACGAGACUCUGGCUGGGCUCUAGUGCAUCCAAAUGAAGAAAGACCCGGUACGUGUCAAGUUCAACUAGCAGUGCGUCUACGGACGGAGGACACGGAGCAGAAUGGACCGACACUACUCACUCCGGUUGUUUGCGACGUGGUGAUACCGUCGUUUGGAGAGGUUUUGAGCUCUCGACACCAGCUCGUAGAGAACGCACUGCUAGACUCGACACGAACAACAUCAACAUGGUAACCUAAGUUCACGCAAAGUGAAGCGAG